GCGUCGGUGCCUGGAGCCGCGGCGCGCCGGGUCAAGGGUCGCCGGCAAGAUGGCGGCGCUAGCGACCUUCCGCCGACUGCUGGCCCUUCCCCGGGGGGCCCGGAGCUUCGGGGUGCGGCUGUCACCGACGGGGGAGAAGAUCACGCACACCGGGCAGGUCUACGAUGAGAAGGACUACAGGAAAGUGCGAUUUGUAGGUCGUCAGAAAGAGGUAAAUGCGAACUUUGCCAUUGAUUUGAUAGCAGAACAGCCUGUGAACGAGGUGGACCACAGGGUGAUAUCCUGUGAUGGCGGCGGGGGUGCGCUCGGCCACCCCAAGGUGUACAUAAACCUGGACAAAGAAACAAAGACAGGGACGUGUGGCUACUGCGGGCUGCAGUUCAAGCAGCACCACCACUAGUGCGGCCGUACCCAGCACCUGCCCUGGCCACCGCGCUCUGCUCACCGUGAUGGAAGCAGCGUCCGCCUCAGCUGCGGCGUUCGGCGCGUGAGGCCGCUGCUCUGAAUG